CGAGUGGUAUGGUUGAAACGUCUCUUCUCUCCCCCUCCGCAUUGAUGGUCACCUUUUGGCUUGUCCCACAGCGCAGCAGCGGUCAGCCAUGGGGGACACCGGUGCGAGUUUCACGGUGACACUAGCGCACAACAGCACUGGCACCGAGGACGCAUUGGACACAGACGCGCCAGACACCGUUGCGUCCGAGGAGUGGAUGGCAGGGAUGAGUUUGAUUAUGGGCAUGAUCGUGUUUUGUAUCGUAUUUGGGAACAUUCUUGUCAUUGUGGCGAUAGCGAGGACUCAGAGGCUACAAACCAUCACCAAUGUCUUCAUCGUGUCUCUGGCGGGCGCGGAUCUUAUCAUGGGGCUUCUCGUGGUCCCCUUUGGCGCUGCUUUGGAGGUGCGCGGUGCCUGGAUGUACGGCUCGUUCUUUUGUGAGUUUUGGAUAUCUGUGGACGUCCUGUGCGUCACGGCCAGCAUAGAAACCCUGUGCGUAAUUGCCAUAGACAGGUACGUGGCCAUCACCUCGCCUUUCCGCUAUCAAAGCUUGUUAACCAAAGCGAGAGCCAAAGCGGUGGUGUGUGUGGUAUGGGGCAUCUCUGCGCUCGUCUCGUUCCUGCCCAUUCUCAUGCACUGGUCCCGGGACAGCGUGGACACAGCCUGCUACGAGGACCCCGAAUGUUGCGAUUUUGUCACCAACAGAGCCUACGCCAUCUCCUCGUCUAUUAUAUCUUUUUAUAUCCCCCUCUUGGUGAUGAUCUUUGUUUACGCACGAGUCUAUAGAGAAGCCAAAAAUCAAGUGAGGAAGAUCGAUCAGUGCGAGGGCAGGUUUCACAACAGCUUAACCGGACUAACAUCUAAGUACAAGAAGAGGCCAACAAAAAUUCUAGCAAUGAGGGAACAAAAGGCGCUCAAGACUCUUGGAAUAAUAAUGGGAACAUUUACAUUAUGCUGGUUACCUUUUUUUAUUGUGAACGUGGUGCGUGUCUUUUGCGCAGAGGUGGUGGACAAGAACCUGUUCGUUUUCCUAAACUGGCUUGGGUACGUGAACUCAGCGUUUAACCCAAUUAUCUACUGCAGGAGCCCAGACUUUAGGAAGGCGUUCAAGCGACUCCUGUGCUGUCCCAGGCAAGCGGACCGCAGGUUGCACAUCAGCUCGUGUGACUUAUCCAAAUGUGGAGGGUUCGUGUUGUCCCCUUUGGAGCCCGGGACACUGGGGAUGUGGACUGACUGCACAGGACUGGACAACAGUGACAGCAGCCUGGUCGGGGCAGCUAAACUGGCGCACUCUGAAUCCAAUCUCUGAAGACAAAGUUCAAAACGUAAACAUGCAAAACACUGUCACACCGGAUUCCAAAUGUUUUACCUUAAACACUGCAUAACUAGUUCACUUUUACACGAAACAGAAUCUAAAUAUAUUUGGCUGAAGAUGUCAUCAUAAUGCUAUUUUUUUUUUUUCCAAAUGCGUAAUUUUGCCAACACAAACAAGUUGAAAUGACGUGAAUGUAAAGACUUUGCGUAAGAAUCAAAAUCGUACAUUCCUCCGUGAAAAGUCUUUUGUGACCGGGUGUGUCUGCUCCCAUUCAAGAAAAUCAAUCACUUCUCUCCAAUCAAAACAAUCCGCGAGGUUCACCCAUCAUCCCACAAACAGCCAACAGUGGGAGAGGUGUCCAUUUUACGCACUGACUGAAAGCGUUUACCUCAAAGUCUGGCAAGUGCAAUUUACUUGUUUAUAUUAAAGGUAUGUAUAAAACUGUAUUUAUUCUUUUUAUAUGAAAAACAGUGAAUAGUAAAUCCAAGAGUGCGAGGCUAAUGAUGUACUGUAAUGUAAACACCAUUUGUACAUAAUGUAAAGUACUUUUAAAGAUCUUUUUUGUCUGUGAGAUGUCAGCUACUGUGAAAGAAAUAUUGACUGUUAUAAUACACUAUAAUGUUGGAUAGGGGAAACAGAUUUUUUACGAGUUACAUUUCUAUUGAAAAUGGCUACAAUGUGGUACAAACCAGCUCUAUAGGCUAUUUGUGUUAUUAUUUAAUAUUUGUGAUGUUGCUGGAUUGAACUGCCAUGAGCCCCUGUAUUCUGAUUAGCCCUUGUGGAGAGAUGAUGGACUUGAUAUAUGGUUCAACGUGUUCAAUGUUUACAGGUACAUGUGUCUCUCAGCUGCUCCAUGGAAUAUCAGGGUUUAUUCAUACUGAAUAAUAGUGUUUUGAUCUGUAGAUAGCUUACGUAAUAUGAUGACUGAAUUGUAUCAUGGUCAUUUCUGUGACAACUGAAUAAUGCCAUCUUUUGAAAUGUUAAAUUAAACUACUUUAUUCAUGUUUUAACCAGAAUGUUAUUUGUGUAUGAUAAAACUAAUGUAAACAUCUUUGGUGGUUGGGGAAAAUGCCAUUGUUUCUUUUAAAGGU